AUGGCUGAUAAACCUGCCAUCAAAGGAUAUUGCAAACCCAUAAUCCGCCCUCGUUCCGACAAGCCAUUGAACCCUCGUCCCUCCGAUUACAGUCCGUUCGGAUUGCCUAUUCCAAGGAACCCUCGUCCCUCCGAUUACAGUCCGAGGAACCCUCGUCCCUCCGAUUACAGUCCGUUUGGAGAGCCUAUUCCAAGGAACCCUCGUCCCUCCGAUUACAGUCCGUUUGGAUUGCCUAUUCCAAGGAACCCUCGUCCCUCCGAUUACAGUCCGAGGAACCCUCGUCCCUCCGAUUACAGUCCGUUUGGAGAGCCUAUUCCAAGGAACCCUCGUCCCUCCGAUUACAGUCCGUUCGGAUUGCCUAUUCCAGAGCUUCCUCGUCCUGACGUCCAUUCUCUUCCAGGAGAGCCUCCCUUGCGGAACUGA